UAUUUCGUGCUGUGCAUAAAACAACAAAAUGGGGCUUACAAAACAAUACCUUCGGUACUCCCAGGAAGGGAUUUUUGGAGUUGUGGCGUCAAAAACGUGUAAUGCAGCAUUCAUUCAGAAACGACCCUAUAGAUUUGUCGUUACUGGAGGGGCUAAUAUUGUUAAUGUCUGGGAUAUAAAAUUCCAAAGACGGUUGAGGACUCUGAAGUGCGAAUCUCCUGCAGUUGUUGUUGAACCAAGUCCAAGUGGCAAAAAACUCGCUGUGGGUCAUUUUAAUGGAGGUGUUAGCAUUUACGAUAUGUCCGAUCUCAGUGAGGAUGCCUCACCUGAACCUGAUGUCACGUUUGAAGGACACACAAGCGAAAUAACUUGCUUGUCGUGGGAUCCAAGCGAGGGUCAGGUCGCAUCUGGAAGUAAGGACAGCAGGGUUAUCGUUUGGGAUGUCGUCAGUGAAACCGGCUUGCUCAAGUUCACCGAGCACAAGGGAAUAAUCACAAGAAUUCGGUAUUGGAAUUGCAAAGAUGAACAGUUUCUUGUGACUAGUUCUUUUGACACAACUAUCAGAAUUUGGAGCAUUGCAACAAAGCUGAACGUGCACACCAUACCUUGCACAAUUCAAAUUCGAGACUUUGAAAUACAUAAUGAUGUCUUCAUCAUCGCUGAAGCCAAUAUAAAGUUGUUUCGAGUAACGUACAACGCAGAAGAAUCAUACGACGCGUGGCAAACAGAUGAAAUGGGAAUUUUACUACGUCAUUCCCAUGAUCGCCCUGCCAGAACCCAGCUUAUUGACGGAACAGGAGUGAUGAUGGUCGUUGGUGUCAAGUCACCUGUUAUAGAAGUCUUUCGAUUCAGUUCUGAUGAACAGGCUGCAAAAAGAAGAGCCAAACGAUUAAAGAAGAAUCCGGCAGACGAGCAGACAUUAAUUCUGAAGGAUAUUGUGAGACGUGGAGAAACGUUCAAAGCCUCCGAGGAAAAGAUCAAGUCAAUUACUGCAGUUUAUGAAAAGGGAAUGAUUAAAGUCUUGUGCUGCUUGCCAUCAAAUCAGUUGGAAUGUAUAUCCUUUCCCGAAUUGGAGCAACAUGGACAGAAAUUGGAUUCCCAGAAGUUCGUAUCUUCUCUAAUGCAAUUUGAUGGACAUAAGAAGCUUGUUCGAGGAUUAGUCUUUUCCAGUGAUAAGACAGCCAUACUUUCAGCGUCAGGUGACUCCUUCAAAGUUUGGAAUAGGGCAUCACUAAAUUGCAUACUAAAUAUCCCUCAUGAAUAUCCUGUUGUAUGCUGCAAAUUUUGCCCUGGGGACAGACACUUUAUCGCCGGGUCUACUGACGGACAUAUAAUUCUGGCAGACAUAUCCACGGGGACAAUUACUCAGGUGGAAUCGUGUGGAAGUGAAAAUGUGUGGGCCAUUGACAUUUUUAAUACCAACAUGGGCUUUGCUGCUUGCAAUGGAACCUUGGCACAAAUAUUUGAUUUCUCCAUGGCUGAAGGAAAGUUAAGAUUUGACUUAACAAGACAAUUGGACGUCCAAGAUAAUAUUCUGUGUCUGAAAGUCAGCAACAACAUGAAAUUUUUAGCGGUUGGGUUGCUGGACUCUACUAUAAAGAUUUUCUACUUGGACACCCUAAAAUUUCACUUGUCAAUGUACGGUCAUUCACUGCCAAUUGUGUCAUUGGAUAUUUCUUACGACAAUAAUCUACUUGUUUCCUGUUCUGGAGACAAAACUGUAAAAGUUUGGGGUCUAGACUUUGGGGAUUGUCAUUGCUCCAUGAUUCACACGGAUGGGCUUGUUGGUUGUUCUUUCUUGGACAAAACUCAUCUUGUGUGCUCUGUUGCAAAAGACAGUUUAAAUAUCUAUGAUGCUGAUAGCCACACACGUGUUCAGACCAUCAAGGCUCACAUUGGCGGUAGCUCAACAUGUAUGGGAUCCAAAAGCUUCUACAUUGCAUCUGCUGGUCGGGAUCAAACCAUUAGAUUAUUUAACAGAACCCAAGAGAUCCUUGUGUUAGAUGAUGAACGAGAACAAGAAAGGGAGCAAGAGCUUGAAAAUGAAACUAAAGCUGAAGAUACAGAUUUAGUCACUCUUGCUACUGUGGAAGGAGAAAAAUGGGCAGACAAAGUAAUUGAAGCCAUAGAUGUGUACAAGGAUCCAAAUGCUGCCAGUAACCCACUCCUCGCUGCUUACCAUUCCAAAGAUGGUCAAGAAUUUUUGUACAAAAACUUGUCCCAAAUCAAAGCGGCCGAACUGCAACACAGUUUGAUGAUGUUGCCCAUGGGUUACGUCGAAGAUUUGAUCCCUGCGCUCUACUCCAUUUUACAAAACUAUCCUCUCUCUGUAGAAUUAGUAGUCCGUUGUUUGUCAGCCUUAACUAAAUUUCAUCUGAUAACGGUCCGCUCAAUGGAUUCAAGGGUACUUGGCUCUAUUACUGCGUUGACAUCCUCGAGACUGAGGGAGUUAGAAAAAAUGGUUCUUGUGAACAAGGCUGCACUGGAAUUUUUGUACGAUGAUGAGUGUGAAAAAGAACAAGAACAAAUGUUCCGUGAGCUGGCUGGAGAGCGAAAAAGAAAGCGUAAGAAGAAGGAGAAAGCUAUAAAAAGGGCAAUCUUGUUAGUUUAAUAAGUGUUGAUAUCGUUGACUUUCUUUGAUAAGAUUUUGUAAUUAUUCGACAUUUAGAAGUUGAAUAAUAAAAGCAAUAAUAGUUCAA